UUGAGGGUAGAGUACUAUGAGAAAAUGGCGAAUAUGUUUAGUUACAGGACUAAUGUUAUACGGAAACUUUCUGUAGGUUGAUAGCUAAAUAAGAUCGGGGUAUUUCCCUUUUACCUUGCGUGUCAAGUUAUUUCAAACAACGGCGGGCGCUAAACUCAUGUCACGGUAGCCGAAGCUAAUUUUUAACUGCGUUAACUUGUGUAACAUUAGCUACGAUGGCUAGUUAGCAAGAUAGCUAGAAAAAUGAAGUGUCCUUAGUUAGAGCUGUAAAUGGCGUCCCUGCGCCCACAUACAAUGAAAUGACACCGGACCUGAAUACGUUUGAGCGAGGCUGGCCUGUUUUCAUGGCUUAUUGUUGAGUUAACGGCUCUGAAGCCACACGGGGACAGUGGAGUUGACGUUAUGGCUUUACACAACUUGGUUUUUGUUAUCGAUGUGGAUUAUGGAGAUCACGAUUCAGGAGAUCAACUGGAUGUCAGGAACCAUCUCGUAAAACGGGGAAUAUUACUAACCCUGCUGCACUUCGGCUACAAAUACGGAUUUGACAAAGUGCGCUGGGGUUAUAAAUUUUUCCAGUCCAAGACUGGCCGCAAUGCAAGCCUCCUAUCAAGGGGGUCAGACUUUAAGGAGCUGCGCCACAAAACUUUUGAGGACUUUGAAAUAGAGUUUGAAGCCAAAUUUGAUCUGAAGGAUAAACCGUGCCCUUCUCAGCAGAGGCAGCAAUCCAAUCAUUCUGCCUCAGUUCAAAAUGCACUCAAAGAAACCCUGCUGGACUUCCAGUGGGACAGACCAGACAUCACCUCGCCCACCAAACUGUCCUUGAGGCCGCGGAAGUCGAGCCGAGCUGGGAAGCCCAGUGUUUCACAGGAGGAUGAGAUUUCAAGCAACGGGAGGAAUGUGGUGUUUAUUGUCUCGGAGUGUCCACGCUCCAGGUCACAACUUGUGGACUAUCUUUCUUUGGGAGACCGUGACCUGCCAACAGAUGUGACGGAGCACAUAAUACCCAGGGGCCUUCACGAUAUGCUGGUUGAGCGACAGGUGGUGCUGCACUGGGUUGACAGUAGAUCACAUGUUCAGGUCCUGAGGUGUGAGGAUCACCUCAGCUUUGACAAGCUGUCUGAGGUCCUAGCUCAGCUGGGCGGCAGAGUGAUCCCUGUGGUUGCCCUGCUGGACCUGUGCUCCACUCAAAAGCCAGACUCAGACUUCAGGACAGAGACCUUUGUGUUCAAGUCCAGCAUUGGAUACAUGCUGUCUUCUGAAAGGCUGCACCGUCUGGCUUUUCCUGUCAUAGGCGGUGUUCUGCGGUGGGAGCAAGGUGAUGUGACACAGAGCUGCGGUGUCAUGGUUGAGCCAGUGUCUUGCAGACAGAGGCUUCUCCCAGAGUUGGUGGAAGUGUGUCUGAAGGGAGUGCUGCAGGACUGGGAUCCUUCUUCACUGACACAGACCCCUACAGAGUCAUGGGUGCUCCAGUGCACCAGCAGCAGUGACCAGGGGGCUGAUGCCUUCCAGCAUCUCCUGUUGGAGCUGUCUGCUCGUGGCCUGCACAUGCUCUCUGAGGUGAAUGACAGCGGCCUGGUGUGCUCAGCUGUCCUCGCCCCCUUGUCACACACUACAGCCCUGCUCACCAUCCUCCAGCCUGGAGUCACUCAGCACGACCAGAUCCUGACCACUGAGAUCAUUGCCCCUGCCUCAGCAGAAGCUUCAGUUGAACUGCCAGAUGUUGUGAGCAGUGUUCUGGGAGUAGUGUAUGACAUAAUGGAGGAGGAUGGUAACGAUGACGACGACCAGCCAAAGGAUUAUCAGAUUCCUGAGUGGGCUCAGCAGGAAGUUAGUCGUUUGCCGCUGACAACAAGCGUUUUGGAGAGUUGGUUCCCUCAGUCAGACCAGUCAGGAGUUAGUUCCCAUUUAAUGGAGUCGAUGAGGUUGCUGCAUGCAGUGCCAGAACAGAGAGAAGAAGAGGAGUUAUCUGUCCUACAGCAGGAGCUGAUCGGUGGUCUGGCUGAAUUGUAUCAAAUAUCCCGGGGUGCAGAUGCCAAGAGGGGCAAGAAACGUGGCGCCCAGCGCACACCGGUGAAACAGAAGAUGAAGACCAUGAGCCGCUCCCUGCAGAUGCUGAAUGUGGCGAGACUGAAUGUCAAAGCCCAAAAGAAUCAGUCCGAGUCUGAGCAGCCGGGGGCCGACAGCAGGGGGCCAGACAGACAGAGGAAGAGACGGUCAAGUGACAGGAACAAAUCUGGAGGAGCAAACACCAUCAGUUUCACUAAUGAGGCAGAGCUGCUGUCCCAUCUGAAGUCCAGUUAUGACAAGACUGUGGCAGAGAGAGACCCGUCUCUUGUCACUGGUGUCCAGCAGCUUCUGUUGGCUGUGAAAACCUUCCACAGGACAGAGACAGACCUGGAGGUAAAGACCUCCCUGUUUGUCCAGCAACACUUGAUCAAGACCAGCAAAUCAAUCAGGCAGCUCUAUGGCACAGCUGCUGAUGCUGAAAGCAAAGUCAAAGAGUGCAAGCUUCAGGCGCUGCUGAGACUGGAGUUGUGCAGACUUUUCUCUGCGGAGCAGUCUGACUCACUGGAUGUUGAUCAGAUGGCAGAGGAGGUGGCUGAAAUGCUGAGGAUUAUCUCCCUAACAAAAGACCCAGUUUGCUUAGCAAGGUUCCUUGAAGAUGAAGUCCUCCCAGGGUUCCUGACCACUAUUCCCAGAGUGCUUGCAGACAUCUACCACAGUCUGGGAACUCAGCUGCCUCAGGCUUUGGUGGCUGUCCUGCCCGCUGACUUCUUCAGCGACGACUCAGUUACCAAGGACAGCGUUUCUCCUUCAGCCUCCUCACCUCCCCUCUCCACACAGAGUGGGGUUUCAGAUGGCAGAGAUCGCCUGCAGGACCUGCGAAAUCGCUCCGCCAGCAAGAGGAGGAGUGGGAUGCUGACUCGUCAUCGCAGUAUGACUGAAUCAUCACAGAGUCUUCGCCAAAUAGAGAUCCCCAAAAAGACUACAAGAGCUUCCAAAUCAAAGGUCUGUGUUGCUUUGGAUAAACCUGUCGCAGAACCACAACCUCAACCUCAACCUCAGAAACAAGAAACCCAGGAGGUGACGAAGGUGAGAAGAAAUCUCUUCAACCAGGAGAUUGUCUCCCCCACAAAGAAAGCUAAGAUGUCGAGGAGCCAGUCUCUGUCUGCUGUGGAAGGAUUGAAACGCAAGCGAUCUAGUGAAGCUGAAGAAGGACACAAACUUCUAACAAAGAAAGUGUGUGAGACACCGCUCCACAAGCAAGUGUCCAGUCGCCUUCUGUACCGGCAGAAAAUGGGAAGGAGAUCUGUCCCAACUGAGGAGUGCAUUGUUGAAGAGUCACCAGUAAAACCCGCAGAAGACCUAAGAAGAAGCCCAAGGAUAAAGAAGUUCGCUCGAAGACACUCGAAUGUCUUCUACUCAAGUUCUCAGCCUCGCUCCCGCAACCUGGACAGGGCUCUCUCUGCAUCCCAGCUCACUCUCAGCGAUGGCAAAAUCAGCGGGAUUAAUAUUAAAACAGUUCGGUCUCCCAUGCGACUUCUUUUUGGGGCUGCCAAUUCCCCAAGUCGUCCAUCUGAGCCGUCAGCCAGGGUCACCAGGUCACGGCUGUCUACAGACUCCAGUGUCUUUGAGAGUCCAAAUAAAACACCAACAAAGUCCCCCAGCAAGCGUGGGAGAGCCAUGCAUGGAAUCACGACACCCAGGACACCCAGGACACCCAGAACCCCUCAAACCCCAGGAUCCCCCAAAACCCCGCCUCCAUCCAGGAUGCGUGUUUUCUCUGCUACAGAGAGCCCUGUAGCAGGAAGAUCUUGUGAGCUGGUAAUGACUCUGAGAGGCAGUCCUUUCAGAUCUCCAGCCAGACAGACUCUUGUGGUAGAGACGCCUACUAAGGAGAGCCCUGUGAGGAGCCCGUUGAAGGGUAUUCUCAGGACUCCAGUUAAGGCCUUGGUUGAAUGCCAUCCCUCUUCUGGAUCACAUCUUCUCAACAGCCCAGUUUCCAGGACUCCCAAGAAGAGUGUCACAUGGUCUCCAUCCCCUCGAAAAUGUAGGGUUGUAGAGAGCACCGUUUUCAAGGUGCCAGAGUCGCCUCGUAUUGCAACCCGCUCUUCUCCAAGACUGGUGAAAACACCCAACAAGUUUAGCAGUCCUAUCAAAAGCACUAACACUAAAAAAGACAUAUUCAAGUCCCCAGAAAAGACUGCAGGUAGCGUUAAUUUAACACAGGAAAAAAAUCAAAGGGCCUCUGAAAAACUUCACAACAGGAUGAAAACACCUGAGAAAGAUGAAACUGUUUUUCCACUAGAAAUGCCUCCUCCUCAAUUGACACCACCUCUAGACCACCACCUUUCACCUAAACCUAACACUAGAACUCAAUCCAAGACCCCUAGUCCUACUCAUACAAUGACUACUCGUUCUGGACGAACUCCAGGCAAAAGUUCAAACAUUGUAUCCCCAUGUAAGCCAGAAUUUACACCAGUAGGAGCUACCACCAUUUCAGAAGGAUCAAAUAGUUCAGGAAAGUCUCCAGCAAAGUCCCUGACAAGAACAAGGUCCAUUCAAGGUGCUGGAGCCACCAGACAUAACUUAAGAUCCCGUUCUGGUGAGAAUGUUUCCUCCAAACUGAACACAGAUUCUGCUGAGAACUGUGACCCAGUGGAAAACAACAUGCAGUCACACACAAAAGAUCAGGUACAAGCUGACUCUUCCCAAAUCUCUGAAACAGACUCUAGUUCCCAUACAGACUCCCAGCAGUUUGACUCCUCACAGUUUGCCUCCACAGAAGAUGAAAGUAUGGACAUUGUAGAUGCUGCGAUUGUAAAGACCCAGUUUAGUGGCGGUAUCAAGAUGAACAUUAGUUUUUCACGGAAGCCUUCAAAGUCCAGUGAAGACUUUCUGUCUAACACAGUCUCUCCUAAAUCACGUGUGUCACCCCCUUGCACACCUGGCCGGAGCUACGGCUUCCGGCAGACCCCUGAUCGUCAACAGAGAGAAGCUGCUGCUCGUUUGGGGUACGGGAAUGAACCCCCUCGAUUUUCAACCCCUCGAGGCCCAGCAAGACUUAGUCGACAAAAGAGCAAGGGUACUCCGAACCCUCUGACUUACCAAGUGGAAAUGGAAAUGCAAACAUCAGGACUUCCCAAGCUCAAAUUCAAGCGCACAGAUUCUAUGAAUGCAGGCGAUUUGGCCUCAGAUGGAGGUCCUCUAUCAGGAGGUCAAAGCCCUUUAGUUGGUUGGAAACCUUCUCUGCUGGAGAGCCCCUUGGCUUUGAAAUCAAAGCAAAGAGAUCCUGGAUGUGUCUCACCAUCUAUCUGCGCUCACGUCACCCCAGCCAAGAGCACACCUGGCAAAGGUGGAAGCGUCCAAACUUACAUUUGUCAGUCCUACACACCUACACACCAUCCUGUGGGAACAAUGUCUCCAGUGGCACCUGCAGACGUGGUUCCCCUGACUCCCUCCCCUCAAAGUGUAGGUAAGGUGACCCCAGACAAUCUCAACAGCUGGCCUCGCAGGAAGAGAGCUCAGAUUGGAGUGGUUGGAGGCAAGGAUCGUGGCCUGAAGGUGGAGCCUUUGCUGGUGGAGUUGCUGGAGGAAGCUGAGCUUGGAGUCAGCAGAUUGCAGGACGUUGAGGACACAGACGAGCCCUCAAAUAGCAAAGCUGCAAUAUCCACUUUGACUUCCAAACAGUCACCCCCAGUUGGAGCAGAUGCUUCUCCUCUUUCUCCACUGGAAGACUUGUACUGGAUGGAGAAGCUGGCUCAGCAGCCUGACUGUGCUGAUCCUCAGAGAGGUGAAGAAGACAUCUUCUGGGCCACUGGAAAUGGAGAUGUUAAGUCAGCAGCGACUCCUCCCAGCUCAAAGGUGAGGAAGCCAGUGACAGCGAGUGGGAUUUUGGCCCUCACUCACUCUCCAUUGUUGUUCAAGGGCAAAGCCAGCUCUGCCAGUAAGAGAACACCAAAUUUUAAAGGUGAGGCUGCCUCAGGAAGAAGGGUAGAAGUCGAUGGGGUGGACCUCUCUCCUUUCAGCCAGCCGAUCAAACGCUCAAACACAGGGAGGACCUACAGCAGGAAGAGACUGCUCCACUGAACCACAAUACCGUCUGGCAAGCAAAGCGAAAAGAUCCAUUCUGUGUUUUACUGUGAAGUUUUGAGCCUUUCUCAGUCGUGUUUUGUCAGGAGUGCUUUUGAUGGCAGAUCUGAAAGAUGUCUUUCAAACACCACUUGAAAGGCUUUACAGAUUCUGACCCUUACAUUUUCUGCUCCAACCAGUGGCUUUUGUUUUAAUUACAACAUUUUAAAGGGAUAGCUCGGAUAUUUAGAAGUGGGGUUGUAUGAGGUACUUGGCCGUAAUCUGUGUGGUAUAUACAAGAGAUGGUAGUUGGCAUGCCACAGAAACUGAGCAAUUUACCUCUAUGGACAGGGGCAGCAGUGAAAUGUAUUUUAGCCACUUAAAAAAAAUCAAUAUUAGUUUAAGUGCAUGCUAUAUUGAGAAUAUUUUCACUGCUUUACCUUUACCGUCAAACAGCUCUUUCUGACAGGAAACUGAGACUGAAACUCCCUGGACAAAAACAGUAAUUUUACCUUGCUGAACAAAAGGAGCUGCUGGCAGCUGUUGCUGCCUCUGUUAGUUUGUAUUCUUGUGUAACUUUGGCAUUUAAAAUGGUUGAUUUAGGUUCACCAAAGUCACACAGCAACACAAACUAAGCUAUCGAGGAAUGGUAUACCUGCUGUGAGGUAAAAUUUCAGUCUUUGUCAAAGGAGUCAGGCGCUUUGAAGAGAGCAUACAUGGUUUCAGUUCCCCCGUUGCGGUCUGUGACAAGGUGAAGCCGUGAAAAUAUUCUAAAUAUAGUGUACACUUGAACUGAGAAUGAUGGUUUUUUUAGGUCGCUAAAAACAUUUUGCUGCUGCCCCUGUCCACGGCAGUACAUUGCCUAUCUUCUGUGGUGGUACUCCUGUCUGCUUCUCCAAACUGGGGACAUGCUGACUUUCAUUUACUGUUUGUAAUACACUUUAUAUGAUAAGAGCCUCGUAUAGCCAACCUUAAAAAAUCUGAACUGUUUCUUUGAGAUCAUCGGUAGGUUAAACACUCGGUUUAAAAGCUGUGCAGCUUUUAAACCAAGACGUUUAAAACUGUUCCUGUUAGUGAUUUUAUCAUUAAAGCAUGUCAUGUUUUCUGUGUAGGUCUCUCUGAAGCUAAUCGUUGGAAGAUGGUGACAUGAAGUCAUCGUUGUUUUUCUUAAAAUUUUACCAAGUAAUUUUACAAUCAAGUUUAAAGUAUAAAUUUGUUUCUAUGAAUACUAUUCAUGUUUAUUUAUUAGUUUGUUUUUGUCAUAAACUUGCUUUUAAGUCAAAGGGAAGGCCUAAUGAGUGAUUCACAUUGUAAAUAUCUUGUGUUACCAAAGUCUAAUGUAAAUAAAUAUCUGUUUUCUUAAUUAA